GAACUGUUGUCAAAAGUGCUGAAACGCUGGUGAAAGCAGUGUAAUGAAAUGUUUUGGCCGUAUUUGCACAAUUGCUGAGUAAACGAGUGACCGGCGAACAAGCGCCAUGCAUUCAUAAGCCUGCGCCAAUCGGAAUUUAAAGCGGCACCGGAGCAGAAGCUCCGCAUUUCUUCGGCGAACGCUCCGCAGAGUCGGCGGAUUGAAUUUUACCGGAUUGACAUCGGUGUCUAAAACGGUCGGACAACAACAGUGGCUUGAUUAGUUGGCAGUAAACAGAGCUGGCGAUCGCAUCGGUCAUUCACACUUGAUUGUUUUGUCCAGAAGCACUAGCAACGAGAAGCCUUCGCCAUGGGUCUGCGUUUCCAGCAGCUGAAGAAGUUGUGGCUGCUCUACCUCUUCCUGCUCUUCUUCGCGUUCUUCAUGUUCGCCAUCAGCAUUAACCUCUAUGUGGUCAGCAUCCAGAGCUCGGAUUCGGAGAUGCGUCAUCCGAAACCGCCGCCCAAGCGCCGCUCCCUCUGGCCGCACAAAAACAUCGUGGCCCACUACAUCGGCAAGGGAGACAUCUUCGGCAAUAUGACUGCAGACGAUUACAACAUCAACCUGUUCCAGCCCAUCAAUGGAGAAGGUGCCGAUGGGCGACCUGUUGUGGUGCCGCCGCGCGACCGCUUUCGCAUGCAGCGCUUCUUCCGGCUGAACAGCUUCAAUCUGCUGGCCAGCGAUCGCAUCCCUUUGAACCGUACGCUCAAAGACUACCGAACGGCAGAAUGCCGCGACAAGAAGUACAUAAGCAAUCUUCCUAGCACGUCGGUGAUAAUCGUAUUCCACAACGAAGCCUGGUCUGUGCUUUUGCGCACCAUAACCAGCGUAAUUAACCGGUCGCCUCGGCACCUGCUCAAGGAAAUUAUCCUGGUCGACGAUGCCAGCGAUCGCAGCUACUUAAAGAGCCAACUGGAGAGCUACGUAAAGGUUCUUUCGGUGCCCACGAAAAUCUUCCGGAUGAAGAAGCGCAGUGGCUUAGUGCCUGCCAGACUUUUGGGCGCCGAGAACGCUCGCGGGGAUGUGCUGACCUUCCUGGACGCCCACUGCGAAUGCUCGCGGGGAUGGCUGGAACCACUUCUCUCCCGCAUCAAGGAGUCGCGCAAGGUGGUCAUCUGCCCGGUAAUCGACAUCAUAUCCGACGACAACUUCAGCUACACGAAGACCUUCGAGAACCACUGGGGCGCGUUCAACUGGCAGCUGAGCUUCCGGUGGUUCUCCUCGGACCGCAAGCGCCAGACAACGGAGAGCAGCGUCAAGGACACCACUGCCCCGAUAGCCACGCCCGGAAUGGCCGGCGGACUGUUCGCUAUCGACCGCAAGUACUUCUACGAAAUGGGGUCCUACGACAGCAACAUGCUCGUCUGGGGCGGCGAGAACGUGGAGAUGUCCUUCCGGAUCUGGCAGUGCGGCGGUCGCGUGGAGAUCAGUCCCUGCUCCCACGUGGGCCACGUGUUCCGCAGCAGCACGCCGUACACGUUUCCCGGCGGCAUGAGCGAGGUGCUCACGGACAAUUUGGCCAGGGCAGCCACGGUCUGGAUGGACGAUUGGCAGUACUUCGUAAUGCUCUACACUUCCGGACUCACGCUGGGCUCCAAGGACAGGGUUAACGUGACGGACCGCCUGGCGCUAAGGGAGAGGCUGCAGUGCAAGCCCUUCUCCUGGUACCUGGAGAACAUCUGGCCGGAGCACUUCUUCCCGGCCCCCGACCGCUUCUUCGGGAAGAUAAUCUGGCUGGACGGUGAGACGGAGUGCGCCCAGGCCUACAGCAAGCACAUGAAGAACCUGCCAGGACGAGCUCUCUCGCGGGAGUGGAAACGCGCCUUCGAGGAGAUCGACAGCAAGGCGGAGGAGCUGCUGGCCCUGAUCGACCUGGAGCGGGACAAGUGCCUGCGCCCGCUCAAAGACGACGUUCCGCGCUCUGCGCUGUCGCCGGUCACCGUGGGCGACUGCACGUCCCACGCCAAAACGAUGGACAUGUUCGUAAUCACCCCGAAGGGCCAAAUCAUGACCAACGACAACGUGUGUUUAACCUACCGCCAGCCGAAGCUGGGCGUGAUCAAGAUGCUGAAGAAUCGCAACGCAACCACAUCGAACGUAAUUCUGGCGCAGUGCGCUUCGGACUCCAGUCAGUUGUGGACCUACGACAUGGACACCCAACAAAUCUCCCACAGGGACACAAAGCUGUGCCUGACCAUCAAGUCGGCCACGAACUCGCGCCUUCAGAAAGUCGAGAAGGUAGUACUCAGCAUGGAGUGCGACUUCAAGGACAUCACCCAGAAGUGGGGCCUUAUACCACUGCCGUGGCGCAUUUAGAGUGGAGGAUGCCAUGACGGUGCCAGGACAUUAUAUCCAAUAACCCUGCCAGCAACUCUUUAACGCAUUGUGAUAUUUAUUGAAAUUGUUUAACGAAAUUCACUCGUUGAUUUUUUUAUGUAAACAAGUAACCAACCCACAAGCACACAAACACCAAACACCUGCAGACUAGCUGUCUAACAGCCUGGUUCCACUCUGAGAAUUCCCGCAAUAAAAUAUCAAGAAUCCAAAAUGAUAGAAGAUGUGGGAGUGGAACCAGGCUUCACCCAUCAACCGAACACCGAUACAGACCCACAUGAAUUGUUUUUAAAAAACACUAACCGGAUGCGCCCGGGAGCUUUUCUCCCGCCGCGCAUUGCGACUCGAUAGAUCUAGAUAGCACUGUUGAAUGCUAUGUCUACGUCAUAAUUAUUAAGCACUUAUUAGGCAAUUUUAGCUAAACUAAGUACUUACUACCUUCGAGUAAACCUUUUGUAUAACACUUGAAUAAAGCAACCGAAUGUAGAAAGUGCUGCUGAAA